GUACGCGCAUCAAGCGCGUUCAUGUGUGAGAACUCCUGUCACGUGACACUCCCGACCGCUGUGCCGGCCUCGUAAAAGAACUAAGAACACAUUUGUUAUGGAAAUAUAGACAAGUGGGAUACUUCGACGUUAUAAAACCUAGCGAGGCUGUUUUUUAAUGGCGUCAUUCCCCGCCGAUAAAGAGGGCAGCGUUGCAUGGCGACACAUCGGCGCCGCCUCGGAGCUCUCCAGGAAGAGAUGCCGACUGAUGUACUCUCCCCUCGGCCGUCAGUCGGACGUGUGCCUCUUCUUCGCGAAAGGGGAGUUCUUCGCCAUGGACGCCCGCUGUCCACACGCCGGAGGUCCUUUAUGUGAGGGUGACAUUGAGGAAGCUGACGGGAUCCUGCGUGUCUUCUGUCCAUGGCAUGACUACGACUUUGAACUCAGGACUGGGUUGUCAGGGACAUCACUAAAGCAACAAGUGCACGAGGUCAAACUGGAGGACGGUGACGUGUACGUGAAGCAUGCAAGCUGUCUCUCCCUGCAGCCAUUUCCUGUCCAUCAGAAGACCUGAGCUUCAUCAGCUUCAUCCACCUUCGUCGCGCCGCCAAGUCUCUUGAUUACCGGGACGUCAAGUCAGUAGCGAGCACAUUCAGGGUAUUUAUUAGACUUCCCGUCCACCCCCCACCCCCACAAAUCAUAGCCAUCUGAACACAUUACUGAGUCUUAUCUGUCAGUUUUUUUUCAGACUUUGUACUUUGAUUGCAAAAGAACUCAGGCAGUGACCAUAUCAGAGUUGUUUUAAGGAAAUAUCAGUACAUUGUUUUAAUAUGGACAGACCAGCUGCUCACUUUUCAAACAAAGCUUGAACUCUGAAUCCAACAUACUGUACUUCCUCAUGUUUGUACCUCACAUUUUGAGCCUGACUGCAUCAGUUACAGUAUUAGCCAGAGUUAGGUAUACUCUUGAUAAAUCCAGAUUUAUCCCCGGGCAAGGUACAGUCUGUCUACUCCAAGCUAUAUCCAAUUCAAUCCACUUUAUUUAUAUAGCACAUUUAAACAACAAAAUGUUUCCAAAGUGCUGCACAACAAUAUUAAGAACGAUAUUAAAAUAUUAUCCUUAGCUCCACCAAUGAUUGAAUAAAAACCAAAAAAUAAAAAAUAAACAAUUUAUACGCAUAGUAGGGGUAUAUUUUGACCUAGUUUAGACCCUCAGCUUUAGUAUUUACUGUAUUCUGGGUUAGUCCCCCAUGCAUUGCAUAUGUUCAGAGAUGCAAAAGUUUAGUCUAAGAUUAGACUUAGACAAACUUUAAUGAUCACAAGGGAAAUUGUUCCACACAGUAGCUCAGUUACAAAAGAUGGAAAGGAUAAUCCACACAAACGUGUGGAUGGACUGCAAAUGUUUGUAAAAUCCUCAUUAGGAUUUUCUUGCUCAAUACAUGCCGUUUUUAGAGAUUACAUUGUAUCAAAUUGCCAAAAAAGUGUAGCACAUAAAAAUCCUUGAAAUAAAUCUAGUUUCUUAGACAAACUAUUAAAAAAAACAUGUAUGUGUAUUUUUUUCAGUCUUUAUAAAUGUUUACAUGUUCUGUGUCUGCUACAAUUAC